AUGAAGCCCAAGACUAUCACGACAGUCCUCGCCAUGGGCGACAGGGGCAAAACCCAAGUCCAGUGCGACAAUGCCAGCGUGGAGGGCAGAGCUACGGACUCUGUCGUCAGCGAGAGUCACAGACCCAAGCUCACGGACAUCAAGUUCAUCAUGAUCCUCGUCGGCUUCGGAAUGGCCUUUGUCGGCUCGCAGAUCCAACCGCUUCUCUUCGCCGCCAUCAUCCCCCGAGUGUCUGCAGACUUUGGUGCUUCUGACUUGCUGGUUUGGUUCUUCUGCACUCAGCAAAUCGCCACCGGUGUCAUUGCGCCCUUUGCAGGGUCGCUGGCAGACUUGUUCGGCCGGAAGACGAUAACAAUCGCCGGUGUUCUGUCCUCGAUGGUCGGCAUGAUCCUGGCUGCUGCGACCCCCAAUGCAGCUGGAUACCUCGCCGGACAGGCCUUUACAGGAAUCGGCAUCGCAGUGCAGGAACUCAUGGCCAUUGCAGCAAUUGUGGAAAUCGUCCCAACCAUGCACAGGGGAUACUACAUCGCCAUCAUCGUGACGAGCUUCUUCCCCUUCGCUCCAGGCUCACUCUAUGGAGCCCUAAUCGCCCAGUCCAACUGGCGAUACUGCGCGUGUCUCAUUGCAGUCUGGAACUUCAUCACCGCAGUUAUCAUCGGCGUCUUCUACAACCCGCCCCCAAUGGCAUUAAAGAACGCCUCAGGCCUGACGUGGAAGCAAAAGGUCAAACGGAUCGACUUCCUCGGCGGGCUCAUCAUGACCUGCGGCCUCAUCCUCCUCCUCAUGGGCAUCAACUGGGGCGGCCAGCAGUACCCCUGGAACUCCGGCCGGGUGAUUUCAUUCCUAACCCUUGGAAUCGCCCUGCUCCUUGCCUUUCUGGCAUAUGAGAAAUUCUUCGCUCCUUAUCCAAUGUUCCCUGGUUCGCUACUACAGCAUCCGCGCACAUUCACGGCGUUGAUGAUCGUCAUCCUCCUUGCGGGAAUCAACUACGUGUCUAUCCUGAUCUUCUGGGUCCUGGAAGCUGUUAGCAUCUACAACUCAGAUCAAACAGAGCUCGGUAUCAGAACCCUGCCCUACGGCUUCUGUAUCGCCGGCGGCGCCAUAAUCUCAGCAAUCAUGGUCUCCCAGUUCAAAGGCCACCUCCGCACCAUCAUGACCUCCUUCUGCAUCAUCCAAGUCGUCGGAAUCGGCAGCAUGGCCGCCCUAAACCCGCACGCCAUCUCAACAGCCUGGGCGCCCCUAAUCUUCAGCCUCCUCGGCAUCGGCGGCGUCCUAAUCCCAAACCAAAUCAUCAUCACAGUCAUCUGCCCGGACUCGCUCAUCGCAACGGCAACCUGUCUCACGGCCUGUCUCCGCGCCGUCGGCCAGGUCAUCGGGACGAGUAUCUUCUACACCCAGUUCACGGCCGCCCUGACGGCGAAUACAUACGACACUGUUGUCCCUGUCGCGUUGCGGGUUGGGCUGUACGAUUUCGAGACGCUGGGGAGUAUGAUGCCUGCGCUUGUGGCGACGCCGUGGAAGGAGUGGAUUGUGAGUUCUGGCGUUGGGGAGAUGGUGAGUAGUCCGGAGGGAUUGGGGAUGCUGCAUGAUGCGGUGGUGGAGGCGUUUGCGGGGGCGUUUGCGAGGGUCUGGUAUAUCUCGAUUGCGUUUGGGGUUUCGGCUGUGGUGGCGAGUUGCUUUAUUGAGGAUUUGACGGCGUUGAUGGAUGGGCAUGUUGCUGUGCAUUAUUUUUAG